AUGCCUCCGAGACCGACUGCACGAUGCUGCCGAGCAACUCUAGGCCAACCACACGCGCCCAUUGAGGCUGUCUGGGUGACAGACGACGUGCUUAGUCGAGCGUUUCAGCAAUAUGUACAUGCGACUGGGGCAAAGAAACGCGCGGCCAGCUCGGCACCCGGCCCGCUGUAUCAUCGCCAGCGGCUUGGAAGGCGUCGCAUGACGGAGCUCAACUCAUUCCAGUCGGCCGGCUCUAUGCCGGUGUGGGCUCUUCCUAAUGCUCCGGAUAUGACAAAAUGGCAAUGGCAGCCGCCGAAACCCCCGUCUUUCUGGCCCCAGUUGCCGCAGGUCGACGACGUGGCCGCUGUCGAUGCUGGAGUCGAUCUUGUGUUUCCGGAGCCUGAGGCAGAGAUCCAGCCUUUGGUCUCGCUAGAAACUCUGGAAACAUCUGGUCUAGAAGCCUCUUCAGCAGCGGUCGAAGAGGAGCCCAUGCUGCAAAAUCUGGCCAAAUUGAGUCCGGCCCUGGGCUUCAAGCUGCAAGCACUGUUCAACGGCACGUUUCCGACUGCACUGGUUUUUCAAGAAAAGUUCAAGAAAUUCGCCAAAUCACUUCAAAAAGAGAUAAGAGAUGGCCGCAUACGAGGACCGCAGAUUUUUGAAAUGUAUGACUUGGGUAGACGUGCCCUUGGCAACGAAUCUGAGGCAGCCCAGGCAUUGCACUUGGCCGCCAUGUGGGCUGGACGAACGGACACGGCUCAUCUGAUGUCGGACGACAAACAGCUUGUAGGCUACCUUGCCGAGGCACUGAAGACCCAUCAUCCGAGGGUUCACCGGUCACUCUUUGUCAUUGCAACAAGACUCACAGAAUCACGUUACAAGAAUUGGACUAGGCUUCGCUAUAACUGGCUGCACAUACUGGCUCGAUUGCCCAACAUCCCGCAGUCCCAAUUCAAGCACCUCCUAGAGCUAUUCGAAAAGCGCGGAUUUGCGGCGCUAUCUCAGAUUGAGCUCGGCGACCUGCUACUACUGCAUUGGGAAAGUAAGGGCAUGGUGAAAGAUCUACGGGGUACCCGUAGGUUCUGGCAGAAAUUCAGGGGUACAGACGACCACAAAGCUUUGGCUGCCCUGGCCUUGGCGAUUAACGCGAAACACUCUCCGGAGGAUUGUACAGCCAUCCUGUGGAGCUUUUGGGACUUCAUUCACCUUCGAGUCGGCGAGAAGACAAUAGCCAAGCAGAUGUUGUCGCUCUCGAGGACCCAGAAAAUCUCUUCUGAUUUUUUAAAGAGACUGGCAUGGACAUCAGGGGAUUAUGCUACAGCACUUAUGCUGCACGAUAUACUCAUCAAGCAACUUGGGAAAGAUCAUAACAUUUGGGGGCCUGCCUUCUGGGAGAAGUAUGUGACACAACACAUGAAAAGAUCGAAACACAGUCUCGUCAGCCCCGUCGUUCUUGUCGAGAAAUUAUUGAGUUCACCUCGGCCACAGAAGACUUCUUGUCACAAAGCCGACGACGCGCUCCAGAACCAGACCGAAAAGUCGGCCUUGGAGCAACGCCAGAUCACCAGGAUUAAAGAGAGCAUCAAAAUGAUGGCUGGUGCUCCUUACUUAACAGAAAGGCAAAAGUUCCGCCACACAGCGGCGUUCACCAAACACCUGGCAAAUGUUCAAGGAUAUUUGACAGCUCGAGAUCUGUCCAGUCUUACAGACGUCAUUACGGAGGCCCUGAAGCGAGGCGAAGGUGGGAGCACGGAAAGACUUCGGUGGUAUUUGGGGGUCGUACUCGAUCACCUCGGCGAGGAAGCUUGCUCUCAAGUGGGAAUGAUAUUGAAACGUCGCCGCCAGUGGAACCGUCAACAACUGGCCGAUUUCAAGGAGAGAACGAAGUCGCUCAAGCUGAGGAAGAAGGGAGACCUACAAAUGCGUAGGCUAGGGAUCCAUGAUGAACAAUCAAGUGAGACAGCGAAUGGCCAGCUUUUUACUGAGACCGGAGCUCACCCUCCGAGCGACAGCGAUGAUUUCGGUGCGCUUGUCAAGGGGACUCAUCGACAAGACAUUGAUCCUCUGGCCUCAUUCUAG